UUACUGUAUCCUAUCGCUCGCCGUUGCGCGGUGCCGUGCGUACGUAGCAACAUGAGGGCGCUGAGGGAUCGUGGAGACUGCGUCGUCUGCGCCGACUUGCCGAACUACCCUACCACCACUCAACACAGCUUGGAGGAUGUUGGAAAGUUGUGGAUGGAAUGGGGGAUCCAUGGCUUGAUACUUGUAAGCUUUGGCCUGCAAGUAUUCCUCUUCUUCGCCGCAGGCCUACGCAGGCGUAGCACGUCGCGCAUCCUCAUGUCACUCCUAUGGCUGGCCUACUUGUCGGCCGAUUCUGUAGCCAUUUUCAUCCUAGGCCAUCUUUCUGUCCAUGCAAGCGGGCCACGCCACCAACUCCUUUUCUUGUGGGCACCCUUCGUGCUCCUUCACCUAGGCGGACAACAAACCAUCACUGCCUUCUCCAUGAAGGACAAUGAGUUGUGGAGGCGCCACUUGUUGGGAUUAGUCACCCAAGUAGUGGUGGCCGGCUAUGUCGUAACCAGGCCGUCUUGGGCGGAUAAGCGGCUCCUGGCUGCCAUGGUGCUCAUGUUCCUCUCUGGGUGCUUGAGGUAUGGUGAGCGUAGCUUGUGCCUUUACAGAGCAAGCCCAACGAAUCUCAAGGAAUCUUCGUUGGAUGUCUUGAGAAAUUACGCAAAGCGGGAUCGGGAUCAGGAAGAAAAUGAUGACGGAGAUGAUGGAGAUUUUAUAUCCCGUUUGUUUUCGCCCGACAAUAGAAAAUUGAAUUAUGAGAGUUAUCAAGUCACAAUUGAUAGGAUGCUUAAAGCCGAUAUGAUGCGGCCUCCAUCGCAUGAAUCUUUUGAGAUCUCAACAAGUGCGGCCGCACUAGUAUCAGAGACUCCACUCAGUACUUUAGCUACUACCAAAUCUUUGCCUGGCGACAUACAACACAGUAUCCAAGAGCUCAAAUUGAAUGAAGAUCGUUGCAGGGCCUAUAAUUACGUUGCCACACGACUCACUCAUAUAUAUGAACUCCUCUAUACUAAAGCCCCACGUCAUUCCAUUCUCUUGGAGAUUGUGUUCGGAUGUGCCAGCAUCGGAGUAUUCUUACUUAAGAAUAUACCAAUCCGAUGCCCGACUUACUGUAUCCCUUUCUGUACUGUAUUUAUCAUCCUCUGUAUUCCAUUUGUCGCCCUCUAUUAUCUAUUUUUUGUUCUUCUUUUUUUCCUACUUGUUCUCUUCCCAAUUCUUUCAACCUCGGCAACACUGGUGCUCUUCAUGGUUGCCAAAAAAAGCCAACUCUACAGUCAAGCCGAUGUCAUUGUGUCCUACAUAUUGCUCAUAGGGGCCGUAAAUCUAGAGGUGGCGUCCCUCUUCAUCACCUUUGCAUUGAGUCGAGAAGCUCCCCGUAGGAUUCGAAGUGCAAUAUGGACUUUUGCCAAAUAUAUUUAUCCUGCAUGGGGUACAAAACAGUGGUCUGAGAUGCUAGGACAAUACAACAUGAUCAACAGUGUUACCAAACAGCAUGCUACAUAUAUCAGGUCAUUUGUUUCCCAGUGGAUUGGUAAGCAUCUAGGUGACGAGACAAUAGCACACAUCCCCAUAUAUGAUGACCUCAAGAAGUUUGUCCUUGACAAAUUGUUGGAAUUUGGAACAAAGCCCGAAGAUUGGAACUUUGCCAGCUUUCGUGGACAAUUAGCACUUCGAGACUUAAAGAGUAGGCAUGGGAUAUUCUCAUUUUUAUUACCUGCAAGGUCCGAAACACAUCUACACAAGAGCAUCAAUGAUGUGGACUUCCCAACAACUGUGUUGAUCUGGCACAUCGCAACAGACAUAUUAUACUUCAAAGACACCAACAACAUCGAUUCUUGUGAGCAAAUGAAGACGAUGAGCAGAGAGCUAUCAAAUUAUAUCAUGUACCUUGUCUUCAAGUGCGGUGUGACGCUUACAAACACCACCCAACUCCAACAUGAUAAUGCUCUUAGGGUUAUGGAGGUCAAUCGAGACCUAGGUGAGAAGGGUGCCAUGAAGAAGGUGUUUCAAGCUAACCAACACCAGAAGUGGACAUCAGAAACUCCCAUUCCUCCACUGUUGCCUCGUGCAUGUCAAGUGGCCCAGGAGCUCAUUGACAUCAGUGGAGAAGCUAAGCGCUGGGACCUUAUCGCUGCGGUUUGGUUGGAGAUGCUUUACUAUGUCGCGCCUCGUUGCGGAGGUGCUUUCCAUUCUGAGCAUCUAGCUACUGGUGGGGAGUUCAUCACACAUGUCCUCCUCCUCAUGCAACAUCUAGGUCCUUUUGUAAAACCAUGA